ACAUACUAAUGGCGACGUCAUUCAUCGAUAUCUCGAGCUGAAAAUUUGAAUUAAUACUACUUAGGGUUUUGCUUCCGUAGCAGCACUUUCUCCUUGUAAUUUUGAGUUCUGACGCCGGAUAGCUUCAAUUUGGCCUCUCCGGUGACGGUAGGGUUUUCAGAUCUUCCAUUGUGAAUCUUAAAUCUUAACCGAUUUCUGUUUACCGGUAACAGUUAGAUUCAUAGAUACAAGUUUAAUGGCCAGAAGUUCAAGCGAUUCAAGUGACGACGACAGGAGUAAUCGGCACCGCCGUCACGACAAAGGCAGGGAGCGCAGAAGCACCGACUAUAGUGACAGAGAUAGAGAGAUAGAACGGCAUGAAUCAAAAGAAAGAUCUGAUGGAGAAAGAGAGCCGGUAGAGAAAAAACUAGGCACCGGCGAUGGCAGGCGAGAGAGGAACAGUGAGCUUAGAGAUAGAGAUUAUAAGCGGCGGAGCUCCGAUGACGAUGAUUAUAGAGAGAGAAGAGACAGAGAUGGGAGAGAAAGGGAAGGAGAAAAAGAGCGAACACGACGGGACGAUAACGGACAUGGAAGGCGAGAAGUUUAUGAUAGACGAGAUAGGUACAGAGAUGAGAGGAAAUCAGAACGAGAAAGGGAUAGGAAUGAUGAUAACCGGCACAGAAGGCGUAGAGAUGGAGAUGAGGAUGAAGGCGAUUAUGAAAGGCGAAUGCCGGAGAAGAAAGUUGAGAAUGGUAGGAAGCAAGUUGAAGAGGCAAAACCAGCUCUACAAGGAGGAGGGAAUGUGAAUAAAGAAGUGGCGAAUUUAGGGAAAAGCGGAGGUGUUUAUAUACCGCCUUUUAAGUUGGCGAGAAUGCUCAAAGAAGUUGAGGAUAAAAGCAGUAUUGAGUAUCAAAGAUUGACGUGGGACGCUCUUCGGAAAAGUAUUAAUGGGCUUGUGAAUAAGGUUAAUGCAACUAACAUUAAGAACAUUAUUCCUGAGCUAUUUUCGGAGAAUUUGAUCCGUGGAAGGGGUUUAUUUUGCCGUUCUUGUAUGAAGUCUCAAAUGGCGUCUCCAACGUUUACUGAUGUGUUUGCUGCUUUGGUUGCUGUUAUGAACACGAAAUUUCCUGAGGUUGGAGAGCUUUUAUUGAGAAGGAUAGUUUUGCAGCUCAAGAGAGCAUAUAAACGUAACGAUAAGCCCCAAUUGCUGGCUGCUGUUAAAUUUAUAGCACAUUUAGUGAACCAGCUAGUGGCCCAUGAGAUCAUUGCUUUGGAGCUACUUGCUGUUUUGCUGGAGAAUCCCACCGAUGACAGUGUUGAGGUCGCAGUUGGCUUUGUUACAGAGUGUGGAUCCUUACUGCAGGAUGUCUCACCAAAAGGCUUGGAUGGAGGUUUUGAGAGAUUUCGUGGCAUCCUCCAUGAAGGAGAGAUUGACAAGCGUGUGCAGUUUUUGAUUGAGGGCCUUUUUGCUGUCAGAAAAGCCAAAUUUCAGGGAUACCCUGCUGUUCGCCCAGAACUGGACCUUGUGGAGCAGGAGGACCAGCUGACACAUGAAAUAUCACUCCAAGAGGACAUAGAUCCUGAAAUUACCCUUGAUAUUUUCAAACCGGAUCCUAAUUACCUUGAGAAUGAGAAGCGAUAUGAAGAAUUAAAGAAAAGUAUCCUUGGAGAUGAGUCUGAGGAUGAAGAAGGCUCUGAUGCAGCUUCAGGUGAUGAGGAUGAUGAUGAAGACGAAGAAGAUGAAGAUGAAGAAGAUGAAGAGGCCAUGCAAAUAAGGGAUGAGACUGAAACUAACCUAAUCAAUUUACGUAGAACAAUUUAUCUUACCAUCAUGUCCAGUGUAGAUUUUGAGGAGGCGGGGCACAAGUUAUUGAAAAUUAAACUUGAGCCAGGACAGGAGAUGGAACUAUGUGUCAUGCUUUUGGAAUGUUGCAGUCAGGAGAGAACUUACCUGCGGUAUUAUGGUCUUCUAGGGCAGAGAUUUUGCAUGAUCAACAAAGUCUACCAGGAAAAUUUUGACAAGUGCUUUGUUCAACAAUAUUCCAUGAUUCAUCGACUGGAAACCAAUAAGUUGCGUAAUGUGGCAAAGUUUUUUGCCCAUUUAGUUGGUACAGAUGCUCUACCUUGGCAUGUGUUAGCCUAUAUCCGCUUAACAGAAGAGGACACGACGUCAUCUUCUCGUAUUUUUAUCAAGAUUCUUUUCCAGGAGUUGUCAGAGCAUCUUGGUAUUCGUACUUUGAAUGAGCGCCUUACAGACCCCAAUAUGCAAGACUCUUUUGAAGCAAUUUUCCCGAGAGAUAACCCCAAGAACACACGCUUUUCCAUCAACUUCUUCACAUCCAUUGGGCUUGGAGGCAUCACCGAAAAUUUGAGGGAGUAUUUGAAGAAUAUGCCACGGCUUAUCAUGCAACAACAAAAACCUGUUUCAGAAUCUGAAUCAGAAUCAGACGAUGGAUCUGAAAGUUCUAGUUCGUCCGACUCAGAGUCUGGUAGCUCUGAAUCAGAAACAGAGUCUAGUGAAGAUGAAAGACGUAGGAAGCGAAGUCGGAGAAGUGAUAGGGAUGAAAGGAGCAGGAAGCAAAGCAGAAGUGAUAGGGAUGAAAGGAGCAGGAAGCAAAGCAGAAGUGAUAGGGAUGAAAGGAGCAGGAAGCAAAGUAACAAUGAUAGGGAUGAAAGAAGCAGGAAGCAAAGUAACAGUGACCGGGAUGAAAGAAGCAGGAAACAAAGCAGAGGUGAUACAGAUGAAAGAAACAGGAAGCAUAGUAAGCGGCAUUGAGAAAAUGUUUGUUUUAAGGAGUCUGAAGUUUGGAAGUUUGCAAUGGACAUGAAGUUCCAUGAAAGUUUGUCGCCCUGGCGUUAGAUCGCAGAGUACUUGAGAGAUAUUAUAUCUGGUUCAGUCUCUGUUACCAUCUUCAACGCCGGUUAAUAUGUCAGCUGCACCUGCAUCCAAUAUGUGCAAGUGUUUUAAGUGUUGUGUCCAUCGUUCUAUGUUUUAUUAUUUUUGCGGACUAAUUGAUGGAAAUUACUGAAAUUAAGUUGGGUACCUCGGGGUGAACUUAAGGUUAGUUGUAGGGACUAAAGCAUGAGACUAGAGCAUGUUGUCAGCUUAUUCGAGUAUGUUGUAUUUCUUUUUUGGUCUCAGAUCCUAGGACAAUCGAAACAAACAACAAUGUUUGCUCUUAAACCAUAACAGCUUAUCCUUUUUUUAAAGAAAAUUUAAACCAA